GCCUAGUAGUAUUGCCGCUGGGACUCUCCUCAUCCGCUUUCAAAAAAUUGGAAAUUGGCACAUUUAAACGCCCAAAUGAUCAGAUUCAGGGUGACGUGUGCGGUGGCCGACACUGGAAUGGGAGGAACCAUGCCAGCAUGAGUGGGCUGUAUACCGGCCCUGGCAGGGAGACUCAUCAGUCCAGCUGCCCUUUGACCCCAGGCCAUGAUCUCUCCGCCCCCUCCAGCUCCUCCAGACGCCAUGACCAUAAGAUCGGCCUGACCAUGUCUGCCACCGCCUCCUCCCUCAAGCAUGCGUCCAUCUAUGGGUUCGCACAAAGGGACCACUCCUCCUCUUCUUCUUCCUCCUCCUACAGCCCCCUCAGAAGGCUGCAGCACCUCACCACCAUGGUGAGCCAGCCUGACCUGGUGCUGCCGGCGAGGGAGCCGGAGAGGAGCUGGGAGUGGGGGCUGAACAAGAAGGAGAGGGGGAAGGAGAGGGGCACCUGGGCUGAUUGCACCAGCGGUGAUUAUUCUGGUACAAGCAGAGGGGAGAGUUUAGGUAGGUCUUCUUCUGGACAGCAACAGCCGGUGGUCCAAACAGGAAGUACGGACUUUCCAGCAGUCAACCAGAGCUCUUCUGCUGUCUCGGAGAAAAAGUCAGAGGGUUGUUUUUCCGGCCCGCCAAGCCCAGCCUUCUCUCUGGAUAGCAACAGCCCCUUUGCUAACGGCUUCCUCCACUUUGAGUCGUCCUUGUUCGAGGAUGACGACAACGAUGAAGAGCAGGAGGCCGUGUCACCUGUGGGAGGCCUACAGGACGAACGGGAAAGUGGGGGGAAAGUUCUUCAGUCUCCGCCUAAGGAUUUAAAUACAGACUGUAAGGAUGCUAACGUGUCGUCCGCUAAGGUGGUCACCCGGUCCCAGUCGUCGGGCCAGCGCAGGAGAUACUGGGAUGGCUCGGAAGACGAGUGGGAGAGCGACACCGAGCUGUUGCUGCUUGAUGAUAGUCUCUCAAGGCCUUCAAUGGCAAGUUGUACCCUUAUUAUCCUAAGUCUGCUUGUCACAAAUGGCUUUUAAGUGUUUCAUAAGCAAUAUCCACAACCUAGUACAAUCAACACACAGCUUCCUUUUUUUGGAGUAGAGACACAAGUCAUGCCUCCAUAACUGUAGUCCUGUUGCCUUGUUCCCCUGUUCCAUAAAGAAGCUCCAUCGUAAAUUAAACCUUAAAACAUUUCUAUUAAUUCCACAAUGACGUAAUAUUGGGGACCUAGUCUGUGAAUUCACUUUGCCUCAAGGUGUGCAGAAGCGUGAGAGAGCACGUUACAGCGGCCGCUCCACAUACACACACACACAGUCAGCCAUGCGUCUCCACCGAUCCUGUAUCACCCUUGUAAUGCAUCUGUUACUACUUCCAAAGGCGGUAAGGGGGAGGAGGGAGAGGGAGGGGGAUUACUUCGUCCUCCCAUUAGCCUCAGAGACAUUCAGAUUGGAGGCUAAACGUAAAUAUCACGCCUUGAAAUAGCAGUCUGAAUGGGGCUAGAGGGACAGGUGCGGUCCCCCUGCAGUUGCUGCAGAUGCAGGAGUGUUGGUUCAGUGCUAAAGUUCAGGUACUCCCAUGCACCCCUUUUUAAUUGAUUGCACCAAAAAUUGCACUCGAUCAAAGCUUAACUCACAGACGUACAUUUUGAUUAAUGUAUUGUCCGCUUCAUUUUAGGACAUCACCGUCUCAACUGUCCAUUAAAAAUCAAAAUCACACCCAAAAAGCCACUUAAAAACCUGUAGGAGAAAAUGCUCCUCACAACUUCAGAAUUUGCCUGAAGAAGAUCUUAGCUCUGAGAUUUCUUUGUGUAGAGAUAAUCAAGCGAUAAUCGCCUGCACUUCCAUGGCUACUUUACAAACAUGAACUUUCAAACAUUUGACCAGACCUACUUGGGUGGUUCCAGUUUGCCAAAAUGUAAACAAGUAUAAAGAUACAGUGGACCAUAACUUCAGCCAGGGUCUGUUAGCAGUGGGCUGAAGUAUUUGACCUAUGCGAAUGACCCCCAUGGCAACACUUUACUUUCUAGUUACAUCAUACAAAAAAAAUAUGGGAAUUGUGUUCAACAUAAUUUAGUUAAGUAUUGCUCCUCAUAUAAGUUGUAAGACAAGGAAUUAUGAUCUUAAAAGCACAAAAGUAAAAUACCUAGAAAAGACAGUGACAGAGUGUGGCUUUACAUUUAGUUCCUGGAGGUUUGUUCAAGUUUCAUAACAAAGAUCUAAUUAAUGGAUGGCACUGAAUGGCACUGACGAUGAAGUAGUAAUAUCAAUAAACCCAUAA